AUGGGAAAUAGUUUAGAAGUAUGCUGUCUCAAGAAUUCAAAUAAAAACAGUAUCUCAGAGCCUUCCCGAAAGAAUGGCAAAGCGUCUAAUAGAUGCAGCAGGAUCUCUAAAAUUGAUCUGCAAAAAAAUCAGCAACAAUUUAAGUAAUCUGGUGAAAGAAAUAGACUUUUAUCCCAAUCAAUGGUUGUUGACGAUCAUGAUGGAAACCUAUCUUUAGGUGGAAUUUAAGAUUAAAAAGAAGAUGAAUAAGCAUUGAACAUGACUUAGUAAGUUAGAAAUAAAUCGUUAGAUAGGAAUAGCCUAUUUGAUCGUGGUCAUGUAGACAGCGGCUCAGUCAUUUUCAAGAAUUAUUUGGAUCUUGCCCCUAAAAGAUAGUCUAACAAUCUCCACGAUACUAAUAAGUCGAAUAAAUCUAGUUUCUUCAGAGACUCAUUCACAGAUCUCAGCAUUACCAGUUCUCACAUUAAUAGAAAGGAGAGUGCAUUUAAGGGGAGAUAGCACUCCAUAACUGUAAAGACAUUGAAGUAAUCUCACUCCAAAAGAAACAGUCAUGGUGUGGAAGAGAGUCGAUUUGGAUUAAAUCUUGGGCAAGGUUAAUCAGCCAAGAUCCUGAUGAUGACUUGA